CUCCGUGAGCCAAGUGAGCCGCCGCAGCGCUGCGUGCGAGCCAUGGAAGAGGCGAAGCUGUUGGAACGCCUGGAGGCGCUGCUGCUUGAGGAUCCCUCGACUGGAUAUCGCAAGCUGCAUGACAAGUUGAAAGGCGAAGAGGACUUUAAAGAAGUCAGCCUCAAGAAGGUGCAAACCGCCUUGCAGAAGUUGAGGAGCUUGGAAUCCAGCAAAGGUCCUUUGCUUUACAGCGUUUCAGACGAUGGGACCCUGCGAGAAUGGUCCAGUAGCGGCGAGCUACUGCGGAGCUUCAACACCGCGGAGGGCGCUCAAUGCGUCCAAGUCACCGAUGACUUCAUCAUAGCUGGAGAUAGCUCAGGCUUGAUGCGGCUUUGGUCACGGUCCUCAGGAGAAAUCUUCAAGGAUGUCAAGGUCGCCACCAGAUAUGUCAAGUCUCUACUGCUUUGUGGUGAGUAUGUCUUUACAGGCGACUAUGGCAACUUGGUUCAGCAGUGGCACUUGGCCACUGGAGAGUUGAAGGCUCAGUUUAGAGGCCACAAAGCUGGGGUCAUUUGCUUAGCUUUACAAGGAGAUCACCUGGUGGCCGGUGGUGGCGAUGGCCGAGUCUUGCUCUUCGACCGUUCCAAGGCGACGCCGAACGAGGAGGGCCUGGCGGUCUCGGAGGCGGUGGAGUGCAUCUACAAGGCCCAAGGCUUUGUUUGCAGCCUGGAGAUCUGUGAGGACCGACUCCUAGUCCCAGACCGCGACGAGGACAAGGUUGCCAGCAUCCGACUCUUCUCCAACACGGGCGAGUUGGUGCCCGACAACAUCCGCGAUGUGAGGACCUACAAGUGCUCCAAGCCUGUGGUGCAAGCCACAACUGCUGGGAAAGACAUUGUCCUAGCUCUUUGUCGCGACUUCACAGUGAAGAAGUUUGCAGCUGGUUCACGGCAGCUGUUGAUGAGCAUCAAAGUCACCCCAACGGCCGAGGACGCCAAAACCCCGUAUGUCUUUAAAGUUGAAGGCGACAGGCUCUAUGUGGGCUAUUUGAACCAUGGUGAGAUUGCUGCCUUCUCACUUCAAGAUGGAAAACGGCAAGCCGCCAAAGGCUUCCUUGGACACAGAGGCUCCGUCAAUGGCUUCUGUAGCGGCUAGGCCGAGGCGUCCUUUGAUUUCCGCGUCGUGCUGUAAGUCGGGCAAUUCUCCUGGAAAAAA